AUGGCAUCAGAAGUGCAGGCAUGUCUUUUGGAGAACGGGGGGAAUUAUAUGAAGCCGCCGGCGUCGAGACACGGCGGACAUUCUCGGAUGGCGCACAAUGUGUCGUCGUCAUCUCUCCGGCGAAAAUCCGAUAUCGCCGCCGUCUCCAACGUGCGUUAUAGGAUCGUCGGAGACGUGCUGGCUAAUCUGCACCAAGUUUUUCUCGGCACCAAACUUUGCAUUUUGUUCGUUACUGUUCCACUGGCCAUCAUCGCCCAUUACCUUAACUUCACUAGGUCAUGGAUUUUUGGAUUGAGCUUAAUCGGACUUACUCCGCUGGCUGAACGCAUCAGUUUUUUGACCGAACAAAUAACCUUCUAUACCGGACCAACAGUGGGAGGACUGCUAAAUGCAACUUGUGGAAAUGCAACUGAACUGAUAAUUGCAAUAUUUGCUUUGGCAAAACACAAAGUAGAUGUGGUUAAAUACUCACUUAUUGGCUCUAUACUCUCCAACCUCCUCUUGGUUCUUGGAACAUCUCUCCUUUGUGGUGGUAUCCUCAACAUUUCCAGCGAGCAAAGAUUCGACAGGAAACAAGCGGAUGUGAACUCCCUGCUUUUGUUGUUGGGACUGAUUUGCCAUGUUCUUCCUCUGAUGUUUCAAUACGUUGGACAAGAUCCCACUUUGAUCGCAAAGUCAACCCUUGCAUUGUCGAGGGCUAGUUGCGUUGUGAUGCUGCUUGCUUAUAUUGGUUAUCUGGUUUUUCAGUUAUGGACUCAUCGACAAUUUUUUGAAGCAGAAGAGGAGGACGGUGAUAGAGAGUCCGAGGAAGAACCUGUACUAGGUUUUUGGAGCUCAUUUGUUUGGCUGGCUCUCAUGACUGCUAUUGUAGCCCUCCUGUCUGAAUAUGUAGUAGCCACAAUUGAGGAUGCAUCGGAGUCUUGGGGACUUUCUGUGAGCUUUGUGAGUGUAAUAUUGUUGCCAAUUGUUGGGAAUGCAGCAGAGCACGCUGGUGCUAUCAUUUUUGCUUUCAAGAAUAAGUUGGACAUAUCAUUGGGUGUGGCUCUAGGUUCAUCAACACAAAUUGCCAUGUUUGUGGUUCCAUUAUGCGUGAUCGUUGCUUGGAUGAUUGGAAUCAACAUGGACCUCAAUUUUGGUGUCCUUGAAAUAAGCUCUCUUGCUUUGUCAAUAAUUACCGUCGCAUUUGCCUUGCAGGAUGGAACAUCUCACUACAUGAAGGGACUGGUACUUGUGCUCUGUUACAUUGUGAUUGGAGUGUGUUUUUUUGUCAACCGAGGGCCAUCAAAUCAAGGAAAUAUCAGCUCUAUUUCAAGUCAGUAAAUUGUGUUGAGAAUUUGACAUAGUUGAUUGCAGAUGGGCGAAUGGAAGUGGAAGAAAUUGGAGAAAAUUUGAUUUGUUACUUUUGUUCUUAGUUGU